AUGGGAUAUUCAUCUCAAACACCCCCAUUUAAUGGUUAUAUGCCAAUGGUGAAUGAAAAUUUUCAGAGUGUUGGUGAAUAUCCUGAAUUUUCAUCACAAAUAAAUCGUGGUGGAAUGACACGAGAUAAUGAAGUUGGUCCAACUCCAGAGGAUACAACUCCAAAGAGCAAGAGAAACCAACAACCAUCAUGGAACACUGAACAAAAUUUGGUGUUAAUUAGUGGGUGGAUAAAAUAUGGAACAUGCAGUGUUGUCGGAAGAAACCAGACAAGUGAAUCAUAUUGGGGUAAAAUUGCUGAGUAUUGUAACGAGCAUUGCUCAUUCGAUUCUCCGCGCGAUGUAGUUGCAUGCCGAAACCGUUUUAAUUAUAUGAACAAAUUAAUAAAUAAAUGGGUUGGUGCUUAUGAUAGCGCUAAGCGUAUGCAAGGAAGCGGUUGGUCGGAAGAUGAUGUUUUCAAAAAAGCUCAAGAAUUAUAUGGAUGUGGGAAGAAUGUUCAAUUUACUUUAAUGGAAGAAUGGCGCGCUCUCCGAGAUCAACCACGGUAUGGUAGUCAAGUGGGAGGAAAUGUUGACUCAGGAAGUAGUGGAUCUAAGAGAUCUUACGAGGACUCUGUAGGAUCUAGUGCUCGUCCAAUGGGUAGGGAUGCAGCUAAAAAAAAGAAAAACAAGUUGCUGCAAGAAAAGACUCAAGCUAAAAAAAUGAAAAUGUAUCUAAAGUUAAGGGACGAAGAGCAUCUCGAUGACCGGAAGAAUGAGCUGUUGGGGAAGUUGGAGCGUGAGCUGUUUGAAAAUUAA